UAUUCGGCAGUUUCACUUCUGUUUAUCCGGGUUAUUUACGUUUAUAUUUACGUUGUGCAUCUUUCUGUUGUGUUUAUGGUCCCUUUAUUUAAUUUUAUAAUGGGAUUAAACUGUAUUUUCUAACUAUAAAAUAGUAACCAUUUAAAUUUAUUCAUAAAAAGAUUUUAACUUUUGUCAACCUCGCGAAAAAAGUAUCCUUUUGAGCGUGACAUUUUUAGAGACCAUUUGAGGAUGUCUACAUGGAAAAAAAUAAAUGUCAAUAACCAAGAGUGCACAAUACUGGCACAAAAGACGAAUAAUCUUUGGAAAGUAUGCUUAACAAAUCUUGUUCAGCUUUGGUUUGAAGACCUCCAAAGUGAAACAAUUAUUGAAAGAUGCAAGAGAUUAAAUCCACUUUUAAAAAUACAGGCUUUGAAUUUAAACGAAAUAAUGGAAGAAAUUCUUACAGACAUUCCGAAUCAUGCUGUCGAAGCGACAUUAAAUUCGAUAACAUUGAACAAAAAUAUUCAAGGAGGAAUCUUCAAAUUUAGGAUAGAUUUAAGCAGAGGAAGCGAAGAAGAUUUUUUCACAGUGGUCACAAAAUCGCUCUGCUUUUCAUCAGGGGAAUUAUUCAGAAGAUAUUCCCUUUUACUGGAACUUAUUAAGAAGAAAGAUGAAGAAAUUGUCGAGUAUAAAGCAGUAGGAGCAAAACUAAUUCGAAAACACAUCGAAACCAAAAAAUUCACGGAAGAAUUAUUUAAUAGUGAAAAAGGAAAGGAAAUUAAUUAUUUAAAUGGAUUUAACUCAGUCGCUAGCUUAUAUAAGGAACCUGAGAGGCCUGAUUUGAAAAAAGAAGUGUCCUGCUCUGAAAAUUUAAAGAGUCCUGUCGAGUCUGGCAAUUUGAAUAUGGAAGCGGAUGAAAAUAUAAAUGUUUCUGAAUCGAGCGAAACAUUAAUUUCAAAUAUUUCUGGAAUCAAAUCAUCUGCAUCGAGUAAAUCAAGCGAGAUUUUAAAACGCAAACAGGAAGAAAAACGGAAGAAGGCGAAAAAAGCAAAAAGUACAAUCAGCGCCUCAUUUAUGAAACCUGCAAUUAAGAAAGAAAAUCGGGUAAAAAUUUUAUAGCUUGAUGAUUAUGUCAAUAAAAAUCUAUUAAUGACAG